AUGGCUCAGAAAAAUACUAUAAUAAUAGUUUUUGAUUACGUUGAUGAUCAAACUACGAAUAUUAGUUUAAAUAUAACAGAAAAACUCGCCGUAAUUCGAAAAACAUUGUGCAAGAAACUACAUACAGCUGACUUUGACUUUUAUAAUAAUUUGAUCAAAAUUAACAGAGAUACAGAAGCUGAUACGGAUUUAAAAAGUAUUCUAACAAAUAAAGAUACUUUAUAUAUAUCUACGUGUAGUUUGCUUAAUUUUCUUAAAGUUAAAAUCGUAGUAAAUUCAUCUGAUAAUGUGAAAACUUCAAUAUCUCGCACAUUGCCUAUAAAUGAAAAUCUCAAGAAAAUUCGGAAAAGGCUUAAUGAAGGAGAAGACGAAAUACUCAAAAUUGGGUCGAAUGGCUAUUUUCGGAAUAAGACAAUGCUCAUUUCGCAUAAUGACGAAUAUACUACAAAGUUAUCUGAAAUUUUACAAGAAAGCAAUAAUGAAUUUAUUUUGCAAAUUGAACAAAAACGUGGUCUCGAUUGGACAAAAUUAAUCAAAAAAUUUUGUUAUGGGUUCGUAUUUAAGGACGACCGUGUUGAAGAGGCACCUAAACAAGCAUUCGAAGUUGAUGUUGAUAAAGUCGUAUCAAAAAAAGAGAUUAAGCCACCCGACAAAAUUGAUAAACUUGAAGAAUGCGAAUUUGAGUUGGAUACUUUGUGUAAGAAAAAUUUCAUAUUAUAUGGUAGUAUUAAAGCGAUAUCACCUUGGCUUUCUGUGUUUCUUGGUGUAUCACAUCAAGAAUCAAAAUGCAAGCUAGAAAACUGCAAAAAAUCUACAAUUUAUUCGAUUACUAGAGCAAAAAGGGCGUCUAUUGCUUUAUCAAAAGAAAGCAUCCGUUUAAACCCUGAUUUUAUUUAUGAAAUUGAAAAAAUACUGGACGAUAAUGAAUCAAAAGAUGUUGAUAAACUAGAAAGUCUUCGUGAAAUAUCAAAGAAAUACGGACAUUUCUAUGCAAGUUACAUUGCUUUUGGCGGAGCUACAGUUAAGAAGCAAAUAAAUACUACAAAAACCAAAACUAGCAAUGUCAACAUUGCAAUUGAUACUAUUGUGCAUAAUGGAUCUACACUUGAGACAGAGAAUAAAACAAAAAUUUCUGGCGAUUAUAAAUACUCUGUAGAACAAAUUAUUGGCGAUGAAUUGAGUGAAAAUUAUGAAGACUGGGGCAUAAUUGAAUAUGAUGGCAUUAAUCCAAUAUUUGAUUUAUUAGAUGUUAAAUUACAAAAGAGAAUCAAAGAAAUCUUGGAAGACGAGAAUGUAUUUUCAUUACGUGUAGAUUAUGAAGAUAGACAUAGCCCUAUAAUUUUGGUUCACCUCAUCGCUAGUAAAAAAGAGAAAAGCAAAAAAUAUUCGACACGAAUCGGUUGGAUUGUUGUCGGUUAUCCGAUAAGCUUUGAUUUUGAUCAAGCUGAAUAUCCAGUAACGCUUAAAGGUUAUAGUCCUAAAAUUUCAAAAUUUAAUGAAAAAAGAUCUCUUUAUCCUUUCGGUAAAAGAAAGGAAAAUAAUCGUUUACUAGAAAAUAUUAAAAAGAAUGCCGAAUAUAAUGAUAAAACAAUUAAAGAUAAAUGCCCAUUUUUCGUGUAUCACAUUUUUGAUUGUCCCAAAGAUUGUAAUCGCCAAGGAUUUAUCAAUAUUUCAUCGAAAAAUUUAAUAUAUGGAUCUUUAAAUACUUAUUCUUUGGCUAAAGAAAUGAUUAGAUAUUUUAAUGUUCCACCAAAAACCAAAUAA